GGAGGAGGCCCAGGCCAUGUUUGGGAUGGAGGGAUGGAUGGAGGAGGUGGAGGGUUGAUAAACUCAGUCUCAGCUCUUCAGUCUCUCACUUCUGUCCUGUCCCCCCCACGUCCACGUCCACAUCCCAGCAGGCCCUGCACCGCCACGUGUAAGUCGUCGUCGUAGUGUCUUCGUGGUCUUCGCCGCCCCCCCACAGCGCCCCCUGCAGUCAUGUGUGACGAUGAGGAGAGCACCGCUCUGGUCUGUGAUAACGGAUCAGGUCUCUGUAAGGCCGGGUUCGCCGGAGACGACGCCCCCAGAGCCGUCUUCCCCUCCAUCGUGGGACGGCCCCGCCACCAGGGGGUGAUGGUGGGUAUGGGACAGAAGGACAGCUACGUUGGAGACGAGGCUCAGAGUAAAAGAGGAAUUCUGACCCUGAAGUAUCCCAUCGAACACGGAAUCAUCACCAACUGGGACGACAUGGAGAAGAUCUGGCAUCACUCGUUCUACAACGAGCUCCGAGUCGCUCCAGAAGAACAUCCCACUCUGCUGACUGAAGCUCCGCUCAACCCCAAAGCCAACCGGGAGAAGAUGACCCAGAUCAUGUUCGAGACCUUUAACGUUCCUGCCAUGUACGUGGCCAUCCAGGCCGUCCUGUCCCUCUACGCCUCGGGACGCACCACAGGUAUCGUGCUGGACUCGGGGGACGGCGUCACCCACAACGUGCCGAUCUACGAGGGUUACGCUCUUCCUCACGCCAUCAUGAGGUUGGACCUGGCGGGCCGCGACCUCACCGACUACCUCAUGAAGAUCCUGACGGAGCGCGGCUACAGCUUCGUCACCACGGCGGAGAGGGAGAUCGUGCGGGACAUCAAGGAGAAGCUGUGUUACGUGGCGCUGGACUUUGAGAACGAGAUGGGGACGGCGGCGACCUCGUCCUCUCUGGAGAAGAGCUACGAGCUCCCUGAUGGACAGGUCAUCACCAUCGGCAACGAGCGCUUCCGCUGUCCCGAGACGCUGUUCCAGCCCUCCUUCAUCGGUAUGGAGUCGGCGGGGAUCCACGAGACGACCUACAACAGCAUCAUGAAGUGUGACAUCGACAUCCGUAAAGAUCUGUACGCCAACAACGUCCUCUCAGGAGGAACCACCAUGUACCCCGGCAUCGCCGACCGCAUGCAGAAAGAGAUCACCGCCCUCGCACCCAGCACCAUGAAGAUCAAGAUCAUCGCCCCCCCAGAGAGGAAGUACUCGGUCUGGAUCGGCGGCUCCAUCCUGGCGUCUCUGUCCACCUUCCAGCAGAUGUGGAUCAGCAAGCAGGAGUACGACGAGGCCGGUCCGUCCAUCGUCCACCGCAAGUGCUUCUAGAAAGACCCGUCUGGGUGUCUCCGUCUUCCUCCAGCGCCGCCACCCCCCCCACCACCCUCCCGUCUUCUUUCAGCCCUCACUGCACACCAGCUAACCGGUCCCAGAUCAGAUCCCCAGAACAUCCAGACAGGAAGUCCACGUUGUUGUUUUUUGGUAUUUAGGAAGAUGCUAAAAUAAGUGUUUUAUUUUGACAGCUGGUAACAGGAAGUGAUGUCAUCUUCUGUUGAUGUUUUUGGUGAACUGAACCUUCAACUAUUCAGAACUUCAGCUCAAACAUCCUCCCUCUCCGCUCACCUUAAAACUGUGAAUGUGGCGCUUGUCCUCCAUCUUUACCCCCCCCACACCGCCCCCGUCCUCCAUGUUGGUUCUGUUUGUUGUCAAAAAGUGUGUUUUUAUUUUUGAUGAAUAAAGCUUGAAUGUUGCCCGCUGGUGUUUCCUUCCAUCGUUGGGGAGUAGAGCACAUUCACACAGUGUAAUGAUGAUGUCACAGCGUGUAAUGAUGAUGUCACAGCUGUAGGUGAACAGGAGGCGUGGCCUCAUGGUGCUGUCUGUAAAGAAGUGAAGUGUGUGAUGUGACGUCAACAACAUGGAAGUGACAGACGAUUGCCCCAGGAAGACAAUAAAGAGCUCUCGUACAAGA